GUUAAUUGAACGUCAGUGAAAACCUGAUUCAACUGGGCUAGGUCGAGAUCGAAAUACGAUUACAGCUUUAUCAUCACAACAAGCACACGACAUCGUCACAGUUUAUCAAGCAAAGGUUGAGCGCGUGCACCGAGAAUGAGCUCCAUCUAAUUGCUUGACGGUUGCUUGAAGGUUUCUGAGUGCUAUUUGCCUGCAAAACUAGCCUUCAUAGGGGCGCGUGUGGCAGCGUACUGCUGCCGCCGCGCCCGAGCGGCCAUCUGCGAGAAUGCGCUUCAACCUGGAGGGCCUCACGGUCUAUUUUCCCUAUGAGUACAUCUACCCGGAGCAGUACCGGUACAUGCUGGAGCUCAAACGGGCCCUGGAUGCGCGAGGACACUGCCUCCUGGAGAUGCCCACGGGCACGGGCAAGACCAUCACGCUGCUGGCGCUGGUGACGUCGUACCAGCUGGCGCACAAGGAGGUGGGGAAGCUGGUCUACUGCACACGAACCGUGCCGGAGAUGGAGAAGGUUCUGGCGGAGUUGGCUGAGCUGGUGGAGUACCGCUCCAAGUAUCUGGGCCGGGGCGCGGGCAGCGGCAAUGAGAUCCUGGCACUGGGGCUGAGCAGCCGGAAGAACCUGUGCAUACACCCGGGCGUGGCGGAGGAGGGCUCCCGCGAGUCAGUGGACGCGGGCUGCCGCCGCCUCACCGCCACCUGGGUGCGCGAGCGAGCCGCCGAGCGCCGCGGCGAGCGGGCCGGCGGUGGCGGCAGCGGUGGCGGCGGCGGCGAGGCGGGCGGCGGAGAUGUGGAGAUGGAGGACGCGGCGGGCGCGGGGCCGUCGGGCUCCGCAGGAGGGGCGGCAGGGGGAGGAGGGGGAGGAGGAGGAGGCGCAAGAGGCAGGGGCGGCGGCGGCGACGUGGCGGACAUCGAGCUGUGCGAGUUCUAUGAGGGCCACGAGCGCGCGGGCGUGGAGGCACUCCUGCCGCCGGGCGUGUACACGCUGGCCGACCUGCGUGCCUUCGGCCGCAAGCAGCGCUGGUGCCCCUACUUCCUGGCUCGUCACAUGAUGGCGUUCGCCAAUGUGGUGGUGUACAGCUACCAGUACAUGAUAGACCCCAAGGUGUCGCAGAUGGUGUCGCGGGAGCUGGAGAAGGAGUGUGUGGUGGUGUUUGACGAGGCGCACAACAUCGACAACGUGUGCAUCGAGGCGCUGUCUGUCAACCUGCGCAAACAGACGCUGGAGGGGGCGGGCAGGAACCUGGGCAAACUCAACGCGUCCAUCCGGCGCGCUCGCGAGGCGGAUGCCCAGCGGCUGCAGUCCGAGUACAACAGGCUGGUGCAGGGGCUGGUGGCGCAGGGCGCACUGCGGGGCGGUGAGGACUGGCUAGCCAACCCCGCCCUGCCCGAGGACGUGGUGGCGGAGACAGUGCCGGGCAACAUCCGGCGCGCGGAGCACUUUGUGGGCUUCCUGGCCCGCUUCCUGGCCUUCCUGCGCGACAAGAUGGCAGCGCCCGUGGUCACCAGCCAGACGCCACAGGUGUUUCUGACGGAGCUGCAGGAGCGAGUGCAGGUGGAUGCCAAGACACUCAAGUUCUGCUACGACCGGCUGUCCAGUCUGCUCAAGACUCUGGAGAUCACCAACACCGACGAGUUCACGCCCAUACAGCUGGUUGCGGACUUCGCCACACUGGUGGGCACCUACGCCAAGGGUUUCGCCAUCAUCAUGGAGCCCUACGACGAGCGCCUGCCGCAGGUGCCGGACCCGGUGCUGCAGCUGUCCUGCCUGGACGCCAGCUUGGCCAUGAGGCCGGUGUUCAGCAAGUUCCAGACCGUGGUCAUCACCAGCGGCACGCUGUCGCCCAUCGACCUGUACCCGCGCAUCCUCAACUUCAACCCCGUGGCCAUCCAGUCCUUCCAGAUGACGCUCACCCGCGACUGCCUGUGCCCGGUGGUGGUGACCCGCGGCGCCGACCAGAUGCCCCUGUCCACCAAGUUCGAGAUGCGCAGCGACCCGGGGGUCAUGCGCAACUACGGCCGCCUGCUGGUGGAGCUGGCCGCCACAGUGCCGGACGGCAUCGUGGCCUUCUUCGUGUCGUACAGGUACAUGGACCAGAUCAUCUCCAAGUGGCACGACAUGGGCAUCCUGCAGGAGAUCAUGCAGCACAAGCUCAUAUUCAUUGAGACGCAGGACGUGGUGGAGACCACCCUGGCGCUGGACAACUUCCGGCGCGCCUGCGACAGCGGCCGCGGGGCCGUGUUCCUGUCCGUGGCGAGAGGCAAGGUGGCGGAGGGCAUUGACUUCGACCGGCACUACGGCCGCGCGGUGGUCAUGUUCGGAGUGCCCUACCAGUACACCCUCAGCCGCAUCCUGCGCGCCAGGCUGGAGUACCUGCGCGAGACCUUCCAGAUCAAGGAGGCCGACUACCUGGCCUUUGACGCGGUGCGGCAGGCGGCGCAGUGUGUGGGGCGAGUCAUUCGCAGCAAGGCCGACUACGGCAUGAUGAUCUUUGCGGACAAGCGCUACCAGCGGCACGACAAGCGCGACAAGCUGCCGCAGUGGAUCACCCGCCACCUGCGUGAGGCGCACAUGAACCUGUCCACAGACAUGAUGGUGCACGUGGCCCGUGAAUUCCUGCGCACCAUGGCUCAGCCCUACGACCGCGGCGCGGUGGGCAAGUCCCUGCUCAGCGAGGCAGCCCUUGCAGCGCUGGAGGCCGCGGGCGGGAUGGAGGGCGCGGCGGCGGCGGCGGCGGCACAGCCGCCGCUGACCGGGGCGGCGGGGGCGCUGGGGCCGUGAGGGCUGCUGUGGGCGCCAAGGCUGUUGUUGGGGAGGAGGUUGGGUGGGCGCCGUGCUGAGUAGGUGGUGGCGGCAGGGUGGCGGCGGUGGCACACACGCACGUACUCAGUGGGCUCAGGCGCCAUGUGCGGUGUUGGCGCUUGCUGGCAUAUGGGAGCCGGGGCCCGGAGCGCGGCCGAGAGGGAGAUUGGGUCAGAAGAGAUUCAGAGAGAGCAGCAGUGUGGAGCGCGUGGGCCGGGCUCGUAAGGGUCGGUAGGUGCUGAACAGGUUUGGGUUUGUUGGACUGCUUCCCAGUGACUGCUUCCCACGUGGUGUGAGAGGUACGGCAGAUGUCAUGUUCGCACCAGACUGUCGGUGUGUGCAAGCAGUGCAGGGAGGCGCAAGCCCAAUCGCAGGAUGGCGCAGUUGGAAACACAGAAGGAUGCAGGCAGUUGGCAGUACCGGUAGGGUAGCGGUGCGAGGUGGAAGCGGCGCGUAUUGAGCUGGCACUGAAGGAUCAGGCAUUGCGCCGUGUCUGUAUGAUGUGGAAAGUGGGAGCACUGAACGAGGGCAUAGGACACGGCCACGCGCUGGUUUAAACUUUAAACGGUCCCUAGUACCGGCUUAAGAAAAGGUCAGGCAAGUGACGUGUGGAACCGCAAGUGACGUGUCAAACCCCUACCUGUGUCAUUGGCAUACCGGGCAUCCCCAGGAAUUGU